AUGGGGCACUCACACGGCCGCGUGGCGGUGCGCCAGGACGUGUAUGAGGAUGACGAUGACGACUCCGCUACUGACGAGGAGAUCGACGUCGAUGCGCUGGCGGGGUUGAACCACCAACAGCUGUUCUUGCAGGUCUCUCAACCACGCAUGCCUCACGAGGAGGAGCCCGUUCUGAAGCGACCCUGUACUAGCGACUGGGAUGGCGAUCAGAUCCUGCCCAAGACGGUGCUACUGCACGUCUACGACCUCGAGGGCUUCACAAAUGCCAAUGGAGGCAUGAACUUCCUCGUCACAAAGGUGUCGCUGGGAGGAGCUUUUCACGCAGGAGUCGAAGUAUACAGCAACGAGUGGUCCUACGGCAAGCGAGGAGUCACCUGUGAUGCCCCACGCACGGUCGAAGGCCACGUCUACCGAUGCAGUAUCCCGCUGGGGAACACGCCGCUGAUACCGCAGCAGGUGGCUUCCGUUCUGCAAGACCUCCUGCAAGUCUGGAAAGGCGACGACUAUGACAUGUUCAGCCACAACUGCUGCCUGUUCGCGGCCGACUUCUGCAGACGUUUGGGCGUCGGGGAGGGCUUUCCAAAGUGGAUCGACCGCUUUGCCCGACAUCUGGGGCAAGCGCAGGAGGUGGGCGUGGCACUGCAAGAUGGUGUCGAACAGUGGGCCAAGCAAGUCAUGGGCAUCGUCAUGCAGGACAAAGACGAGAUCGUCAGAAUGUGCCGCGGCAGCCAGUGUAAGACUUUCUUCUUGGCUCGCUUCGAGGUGCGGGUUCGCAGUUACCUUGCAGAAGCCGCGCUGCUCAUCUUCAUUGUACAGCGCCAGCGCAUCCUCUCCUUGGAGUAG